CUCAGGUCUGCAUUAUUACUCAUUUAGCCUUACACAUUUUAAAAUAAAUAAUAUUAAUUUAUUACAUCAUAACGGUCAGUUGACUUUCUUGGUCAUUUCUGCUUGUUCUUUUUUUGAUUACUAGGAACUGUCAAAAUGAUCCUCUGGGUUUUCUGGUCAUUCCUUUUGGCUCUCCUUUGAGCCCGUCCUUUGGCCUUGCUAUGGACGAAUUGAACUAUCGUUCUAUUGCCGAGGUUGCUCGUUACGAGUUGAGUACGCUGCCUCGUUCUAGAAAGAUGUUCGUUCGUUCAGGAGCAUCACUGUUUCAGGUAUCACGUCAAGAAGCUAAUUCAAUAGUUGCCACUUCAACAGCUAAGAAUGGAGCACAGUAAAUCGUGUUUGAUGAGGCAGGCCAUUAUGGCCGCUGGCUUUAUGCUUGGCUACCACUUUGUUUAUCAAUAUUUCUUCGGCAAUCCAAAGAAGCGUGAUAACGGUAUUCCAGAGGAUUGCCCGGGUAUUGAUAACGCUGAAGCUGGUUUGACGAGUACUUGUCAGGGUUGCCCGAAUCAGCAGAAGUGUGCUUCUGGUGAAAUGCAGGCUGAGCAAAGCAAUUUGUUGAGCAGCGUUUCUAACAAUUUGAGUAACGUUGGCACCGUGAUACUUGUAAUGUCUGGUAAGGGUGGUGUUGGUAAGAGUACGAUUGCCACUCAACUUGCUUUCAUGUUGAGUGAAAAUCACCAAGUUGGUCUGCUUGAUAUUGAUCUUACCGGCCCAUCAGUUCCUGGCAUGACUAAAACUGAGCACGAGGAGGUAUUUGAAAGUGCCAGUGGUUGGACUCCCGUUUAUAUUUCGGAGCGUCUAUCAGUUAUAUCAAUCGGCCACUUGCUUAAGGAUUUUAAUAAGGCCGUGGUAUGGCGUGGUCCGAAGAAGGGUAGUUUGAUUAAGCAGUUUUUGACUGGUGUUGACUGGGGUCAUUUGGACUAUCUUGUUAUCGAUUGCCCUCCGGGUACUAGUGACGAGCACAUUACCAUUUGCAAUUUGCUUCAAUCUAAGAAUCCCAUUUGUGUUUUGGUUACAACUCCGCAGAAGCGUUGCAUUGACGAUGUGGUUCGUUCCGCUCACUUUUGUCAUAUUGCCAACAUGCCUAUUGUAGCUCUUGUUGAGAAUAUGACAAAGUCGAUAUUUGAUAGUUCGACUCGCGGUAACGCUCAGGAUCUUUGCAAGCAGUUUAAGAUUAAGAAUGUUUUGAAGUUACACAUGCAGCAGGACAUUGUUACUGCUGGUGAGGAGGGUCGUCCUCUUUCUAACUUUGACUGUUUGCGUCCUCUUGAGUCGUACAUUAAGAACUACUCUAAGACGUUAUGACUGUAAUUAAUA